GGCGCUAUUGAUCAAACGUGGUGCCCAGAUCAUCAUUAUCCCCUCAUUAAUUUUUAUCAAUCUUCAUAACUUCUUUGUGAGCGAGCUAUCUUUCUUAAGUGUUCCUAUCGUAUCAGUCUAAACAACAAAGGCUUGCUGCCUACAUGUACGGGUAGGUCAUUUUGUCACACUGAUGGAACUUAGUUCAUUCUGAAAGACAGUGCUUUUUGUAAAAGUCUGCCAACAAUGUCAACACCUGAUACUGAAGUUGCAGUAGAAAAUGCAGCAAAGACUGGUCAUCAAAUUCAGGAAACCCUGGCACAGACGGGAACAGAGACUAGCAACCAAACUGCAGAAGCCUCAGCCCAGUCUGCAACUAGCCACCAGUACACACAGCCUGGAAAAAGAAUUAAGAAUAAUGGCCAGAUAGUGCAAUGGGAGAAGUCUCAGGCAUACCAGGAUUUCUUGGGUUUCAUCCUCUUAGUCAGCAAAUCUGUGAAAAGUAAAAAAAUCUCCGAUUGCGUCAGCAGCUCUGAGAUUUGCAAGAUGCUGAUCAAUAUGCUGGAUACAUUUAACAGUUGGAUUGACGAGAUCCCACCGACAGACCAACCGCAGCGGUAUGGAAACAAAGCCUACAGAGACUGGCACAAAAGACUAGGGGAAAAUUUGGAAUGCUUAAUCCAGGCCAUUUUGCCUGAGGAGCACUACCCGGCUGUCAUAGAACUCAAAGCCUACUUAGAGGAUGGAUUUGGUAACUCCACACGAAUAGACUACGGUUCUGGCCAUGAAAUGAACUACGCAGCAUUCCUGUGCUGCUUGUACAAACUAAGGGUGCUGACAGAAGCUGAUUCCAUGGAGGUUGCUCUGGGAGUCUUCACCAGGUACCUUGAGAUAACGAGAAGGCUACAAACUGUGUACCACAUGGAACCAGCAGGCAGCCAUGGUGUCUGGGGGCUGGAUGACUUUCAGUUUAUACCCUACAUCUGGGGAAGUUCACAAUUAAUAAACCAUCCUCAACUCCUGCCGAAAGAUUUCCACGAAGAAAAAAUGGCGGUAACCUACAGUCAAGACUACAUGUUCAUGGAGUGUAUUCGUUACAUCCACCAGUGCAAAACAGGGCCAUUCUUUGAGCACUCUCCCACCCUGUGGGGAAUGACAUCAGUACCUCACUGGGAGAAGAUCAACACUGGACUUGUUAAGAUGUAUAAAGGAGAGGUUUUGAGAAAGUUUCCAAUUGUACAGCACUUUCUCUUUGGCACCAUCUUGACCUUUGAGCCUGCCAAUUGAAUAAUGGAAGUUAGUGUAGUUUUGUACAUGCUGUAGUCCUAUGCUGGAAGUGCCAAGGUUUUUUAUUUUCAGCAAAAAUUAUGAGUCGUCUGACUUACGACAGAUUGCUUGACAUUUUUCAGUUCUUAUGCGAAGCCUGUCAACUGAAGAUACCUUUAGUUUUUGAGAUAUGAGCUAUGAGAGGCCUUGUGCUAAAUAACGAACUGAAUGUUUGUAUUAUUAUACAAGUUACAUGUACAUGCCUGUGAUGACCAGGUCUUUUGUAACCUGUGCCAUUUGACCUGAAUGGAUAAGAAACACAACUAAGCCACAGGGUUCAGAUGAGUUAAAACUCAUUGUAAAGCUGAUUUGGCCUUCCAUUUCUCACUGAGAAACAAGUUGCUUACUGUUAGCACUCUCAAGUUGUGUACUCACCCACUUGGGGGGGGGAGUGUGGCCCCCUUUUGACUUGGGAUGUAGCCUCCCUCUUCCCCCACUUGGUCUGGACAUGAUGGGGCAGGGCUUAAGGAAUCGGUCUAUUUACGGCUGAUGCCUGAUGUUCUCACCACUGCUUCACCCUUUGAAAAUCGUUCUGCCGGUGUUGUACUCCCCACUUACAGUGAUCAUCAUUAUCAGUGCUUGAUACGGUUCAACCAAGCCAGCUUUCUUAAUUAAUUGUGGUUAGAGUGAGCUUUCUUUCUGUCUUCUGUUUGCAUGGUAGCCAACUUGCAGGGUAGUAUGUUUUGUUUCACUGGGGAACCUCCUUUGUGCGCACCCUGGGAAACAGAAGCACUGGCCUUCAAGAUGGCAGCCAUGCAAACCCUCUAUUUGAUCAACUGUAUACUUCAGUUUGAUGGAUGGAGUUCCUAGAUUUGAAAUCAUGAAGCACAACAGAGUUUUGUUCCCACUAUGGAAACAACAAAUUUUGUGAUAUGAGAAAAAAAUGGGUGACUUGGUUUGAGUUCCACUAGUUAAAGUUUGAAAAGCCGUAUCUGUUGUCUGAAGGUUUAGGUCUUUGCUUCCUUGAAACCAUAGCUCUGCAAGCCCAUGUUGGACUUGACCUCAGUUCAUUUCUAUGGUGUGGUCAAAGAAUAUAAAUGUAUAACAUUGUGUUGCCACAGGAAAAUAUUUAGAGUGCUUGGGCAUUAUAAACCAAGGAAUGGAUUAUGAUUUAUGAGAUUUGCCUUCAAAAGGAGAGAAUUUAAUAAAAUUACACUGUACAAUGAA